CGCUAGCCGUUGAUUAAUCAAAGAAAUAAACUCGUGGACACGGUAAUUUAUGUGUUAAUAUUAUGAUUCUUUCUAUUAAAAGCUCAAAAUAUUUCUCAGUUUAGAUUCUCUUUGUUUUUUGGUUGUCAAAGACAUCUUUGAGAUUCUUCAUUAAGUUUGGAAACACUGAUCAGAAGCUGCUCUGUUCGUGAAGGAAACUUGGGAUGGGAGUUGUAACUGCUUCUAGCUCAGCUGCUCGUACACCAUUAGGAUUGAGCUUGAAAUUCUCGACUUACAGAUCUACAGUAAAGAGAUCACUGGUUGUAGCAUUUAAAGAAGAUAAAGCAAAUGAUAUAAUUUUGGUUCCACCUCGCGAGCGAACUCCAUUGCCCAUAGAAACGUCCAAGGGGAAGAAGAGACGAGGGAAAACUAACAGGGAAGUUUCUUCGGGUACCUUGGAAGUGGAUUACAAUGAAGCUGCUGCCAAGCUUGAAAACAUUUACAAACUUAGCCCUGCAACUGAUACUUCUGAUGUUGACAUAAAUGGCUUGAUUAGGAAAGGUCGUCAAAGGAAGAGGAAAACUGGUGAAGGAGAUGAGAAAGCAGAGAACAGAACUAGUAGAACCAUUGUUAGGAACCGUGCAAAGAAAACCAAACGAUUGAGUCUUGAUAAAAGGAUUGCACUGAAGAAGAACGAGGAAGAGGAAGUAGUAGGUCCAAUUAGAAAGAAAAAGGAUUCCAAGGAUGAUAAUGAAAAGAUUGAGGAACUCGUGAGGACAUAUUCUGCCUCGACUAAUCUGGUUAGCUUGGAUUGGAGGAAAAUGAAGAUACCUCCAGUUCUUCCUUCCACAGAACAUGCAUGGUUGUUCAAGUUGAUGCAACCCAUGAAGACACUCCUUCCAGUGAAAGCGGACUUGCAAAAGAAUUUGGGAAGAGACCCAACUGAUGGUGAAUUAGCUGAGGCAACUAAUAUGAAUGUGGAGAAAGUAAGAAAACAGUUGGAGGUUGGUCGAGCUGCUAGAAACAAGCUAAUUAAGCACAAUCUCCGGCUUGUAAUGUUCGUAAUGAAUAAAUAUUUUCAAGACUUUGCAAAUGGCCCAAGAUUUCAAGACCUUUGUCAAGCAGGAGUAAAGGGACUUAUUACUGCAAUCGAUCGCUUUGAACCCCAGAGGAGAUUUCAGCUCUCCACAUAUAGCCUUUUUUGGAUUAGACAUGCCAUAAUACGAUCAAUGACACUCUCAAGCUUUACAAAAGUAUCAUUUGGCCUUGAAUCAGUCAGAACAGAGAUCCAAAAAGCAAAACUCGAGUUAUUGAUUGAGCUUCAAAGACGGCCAACAGAGGAGGAGAUAAUUGAGAGGGUCGGCAUUUCUGCUGAGAGGUAUCAUGAAGUAAUUAGGGCCGCAAAACCUGCCCUAUCUCUGCAUGCAAGACAUGCAGUUACCCAAGAAGAGUUCAUUAACGGGAUUACUGACAUUGAUGGAGGUGAUAAGCGGAGGCAGCCGGCUCUUCUCAGGCUUGCUCUUGAUGAUGUGCUUGAUUCUCUGAAGCCUAAGGAGAGCUUAGUGAUUAGACAGAGAUAUGGGCUUGAUGGUAAAGGUGAUAGAACGCUAGGAGAGAUUGCUGGAAAUUUAAAUAUCUCAAGAGAAAUGGUCAGGAAGUAUGAAGUCAAGGCGCUCAUGAAGCUCAAGCACCCAGCUAGAGUGGAUUAUCUACGCCGCUAUGUUGUCUGAAUUCAUGAACAUCAUAACUAAGGUUUGUUUACACUGUUUUCUCCUCCUGAUUUCAUAACUCACCGCUGUUGUAUACUAAAGGAAAUGUACCAUAGUCAUUUUUAACUACAUGAAAAUAGAGGAACCUCAUACCAUGUAAUAUAGUUUAUAGGACUAUGAUAUUUCACAUGACCACAUAUACAUGUAAUAUUUUCUUUCCUUUAUAGUUUGAAUGUAUCUUCCACACCUAAUUGCUGUGUAAUUCAAUCUUCUGAAUAAAACUUGUGUUGUAUUUUCUCAUAA